AUGUCUAAUCCAGCUCAAGACCUUACAUUGAGGUACACAACAUCGCAACAGGAGCUUGAAGACCUGGUGGUUGCGAGACAAAAACUUGAGACGCAACUGCAAGAAAACAAAAUUGUUCAAGAUGAGUUCGAUACUUUAAAAGACGAUACCAAAGUGUACAAACUCACCGGUAAUGUGCUGCUACCAGUGGAACAGUUUGAGGCCAAGAACAAUGUAAGCAAAAGACUGGAGUUCAUCUCCAAGGAGAUCCAAAGAUGCGAGGAAAAUAUCAAGGGCUCGCAGGCUGCGUUGGAGCAAAUGCGAGCAGAGCUCAUGAAGGCACAGCAAGCUGCACAAGCAUGA